UCAGCGUCAAGGUAUAUUCUGACCUUUGGGCUGUGUUCUCAUUUUACAGUCACAGAAGCCAUUUAUCUUUUUUAAAACACCAACAGAGCCAAAUCGAGCAGGUUAGGGAACUUUUCACUGCAGUGGCAACAAACAAAUACAGAUUUUUUUCCAGUAAUGGUGAUAUUAGACCUUUUUCUCCAGUCUUCCAGUGUUGUGUCAAUCUUAGGAGCUCUGGUGUUCCUGCUUCUUGUCUACCUAUUCUCCACUUCCAGCUUCAGCUCCCAGGCAAAAGAGAAUGAACCUCCAGGACCAAAACCACUUCCCCUGCUGGGUAACCUGCUGCAGAUGGACCUCAAGAGACCCUAUAACACAUUACUGAAGCUUUCCAAGAAAUAUGGGUCAGUGUUCACCGUCUAUUUGGGACCCAAGAAAGUGGUGGUCCUGGCAGGAUACAAGACAGUGAAGGAGGCUCUUGUCAACUACGCUGAUGAGUUUGGAGACCGAGAUCAAAUGCUAGUUUUGCAUGAAUUUUUUCAAGGAAAUGGAAUUAUAUGGUCUAAUGGAGAUUCAUGGAAAGAGAUGAGGCGCUUUGCCUUGACUAACCUGAGAGACUUUGGGAUGGGCAAGAAGGCCUGUGAGGACAAAAUCAUUGAGGAAUGUCACCAACUCAUUGAAGUGUUUAAGAAAUUCAAAGGAAAAGCUUUUGAUACGGCCCGACCAAUAAACUAUGCAGUCUCUAAUAUUAUCUGCUCAAUCACCUAUGGCAGCAGAUUUGAAUAUGAUGACCCAGAGUUUACAUCCCUGGUGGAUCGGACAAACAGAAACAUGCAACUUUUAGGGACCCCGUCGAUACAGAUGUACAACUUGUUCCCGUGGCUCUGCAAAUGGAUUGCCAAUCGGAGGGAAUACCGCAGAUUGUUUGCUGCCAACAGGAAACAGAACUUAGAGCUGUUCAGUCGUUUGAAAGAGACCCUCAAUCCACAAAUGUGCAGAGGCUUUGUAGAUGCCUUUCUGGCUCACAAGCAAAAUCUAGAGAAAUCUGGGAUUACCAACAGUCACUUCCACAAUGAAAAUCUUUUGGUGACAGUGCUGAAUCUGUUUGUUGCUGGCACUGAUACGACAGCAACUACAGUCAGAUGGGGCCUUCUAUUUAUGACCAAAUAUCCAAAAAUACAGGACCAGGUCCGGGAGGAGCUGAGCACGGUGAUAGGAAGUCGUCAGGUGCAGGUCGAGGACAGGAAGAACCUGCCCUUCACUGAUGCUGUCAUCCAUGAGACACAGAGACUGGCCAACAUCGCCCCUGUAGCACUUCCUCACAGAACCAGCCGAGACAUCACUUUCCAGGGUCACUUCAUUAAGAAGGGGACCACAGUGUAUCCUCUCUUGACAUCUGUCCUGUAUGAUGAGAGUGAGUGGGUGAGCCCACACACCUUUAAUCCUUCCCACUUCCUGAAUAAAGAUGGAAAGUUUGUCAAGCGAGACGCCUUUAUGCCUUUUUCUGCAGGUCGCAGAGCUUGUCCCGGAGAGAGUCUGGCCAGGAUGGAGCUCCUCAUCUUCUUCGCCACCCUCAUGCAAAACUUUCGUUUCAUUCCUCCACCUGGAGUGUCAGAGGAUGAACUGGACCUGACUCCACGUGUGGGCCUCUCCCUCAACCCUUCACCUCAUAAACUUUGUGCUGUUUCCUGUAUGUGAGGAAGAGGGUUUUAAAUUUGCUGCUCUCAUCUCAUUCAAAUCGUCCAACAUGUAUGCUUGUGUUGAAUCGCUGCUUUAAAAGCACUCACAACCAAGCAAUGGACUUUAUUCUUUAUUUCCUACUUUGAAUCAUGUCCAGUGAUCUGAUUAGAUAUAUUCUAGAGACAAAACAUGCAAUCUUCAUUAAUUGUUUGUUGAAAUAAUUUAAAACCACACACGCAUUACAAUACGUUUUUUUUAAUUGUUAGUCUGAUUGUGAACCAAUUGUGACAUGCUUGUAAUUUGAUUUGGCAAAUUCAUUGGGCAGGCAUUGACCCCCAAUGCCCUAGUUGCUGCUGACACCAUUCUGGCUGCUAUGCCACUUACAUGUAUCUUUACUAUCUUAGCUUUAAUCUUUGUCAUUAACCUACAUCAUUCAUUAUCCUACUAUGUAUGUGUAUAUUGUACACACCAUUUAUGCGUUGUUGAAAAAACAAACACACUUUAAACACUGUAUGUCAUUCUCACACCUUUCCCUUUAUAUAAACUGUAGAAUAUAUUUACUGAUUAAUAAACUCUAUUAUCAACUAUA